CAAAUUGGCGCACACAACCAACGCCUCCAAUCAGUGAACAAAUCGGACUCGAAUCGGGUAGAAAGCGUCUACGCUUUGCCUUAGCCUGUGUUGUGUUGUCACUUUUUCACUUCAUUACGUGAUCGGCAUUCUACACCGGUUUUGAUGAAGGUGCCCGGGUGAAAUAUGCAAAUGUCAUACGCUUUUAGCAGCGGCCGAGGACCGUUUCACCCGAUUGCCCGCGGAACAUGUGCUGCAUAAUGUUUUGGGGUUCGCGAAUAUGGGUGCAUCCAACUUAGUGUGUGUGUUUCGGUGCGCGUCUGGCAGACCGAUCUUCUUCAGUGUCUUCAGUGUCUGGCAGCCACCCAAAAGGCCAAAGAAAGUGAUCGUUUCGGAAACUGUUUCACCUACCCAAACCACCCAACAGGCCAGGAUCUCCAGGCCGGCCAAGGUGUUUGAACUUUCAUAGAUUUAUGCAAAAACCAUUCCAUCCGCUAGUGUCUUUCGUACGGGCUCAUGUUGUGUCCCAGAAAGGACUUUUGCUUUUCCGUUGCGUGCAUUGUUCCACGUACAGAUUUUCCCUUUCUACAAACGCUUUGUACUUGUGUUCAAUCAAAUCACAACCCCGUCCAGGUGAUGGUUCGUCAGUAAAAUUAUUGUGACGAGCUUUCAUUUCAUUGGCGACAAAGCUUGCCGACUGUCAAACAGCCGGACACAGCAGCAACCAAAGAAGUAUUGUAAAAUUUGCAUACCGAGCACGUAAUAAACCGUCUUAACGUCGGCGAGGGAAUCCGGGCGAUAGUGUAUGGGAGCUCACCAUUAUACAAGCUCGUUUCGUAAGCCCGAUCGGUGUAAGAUCGGUGUUUGUUUGCACCGACGAUUCCGGGAUCGUCGUAAAGUGCAAGUGCAGGGUAAAUAAACGGAUGAUACAAUUCCCUGCCAAAUGCAAGAUAUCCAUCGAAGAUGCGAUCGAGGACCAUUGACGGUUCUUUCCCAGACCCAAAACACUCGCCGUAGGGAAGCAGCAUCAUCAUGUUCAGACAGGUGUAUACAUAGGUUCAUAACACAUUAGCUAAAUGCAGUCACAGUUGGCAUGAAUGAUGGGAAACUCGUCCUACACCGAACUGAAAUAGAUCAGAUCAUGCACGAUGCAGCGAGAGAAAGCGAUUUGAACCAUAAUGAGCGACCCGGUGUUUUAUUUGUCCACGGAUUCGUGACUUCCUUACUCGGCCAGUGUGUCACUGUUAUAGCGAGGUACGAGCGGGCUUGAACGUUAUGUUUCAGUCAGCGAAAACCUGAUACAUCCACACCACACGAGCGAAACGAAUUCCCAUAAGGGCUUGGAGCAGUGGGUUUUAGCCGGUAAACCGCAACCAAGGAAACUGUCAACUGUGAUUCUGUUAAGAUUCCGCAAACAAAAACGACCGUAAAUCACACCGCGAUGCGCCGCAACAGAGUGUUGCCCAGCUGCUGUGCUGUGCUGCUGAUUGUUGCUGUUUUGGCGGAAGCGACUGCUGCUGCUGCUCACGGGCAUGGUAGCGUGGAAACGCUGCUAGCACACGACAUUACCGCGAACAUCGAAGCACCAAGGGAUGAUUUCAAUAAUGAUUUAGCUCGCAACUUUCACUCGCCACGGUUGGAAUACAACGAAUGGUUGCCGGUAGGGCGAGGUGAUCCACUCAAGAACGAUCCAACGUACGACUACAGUCCACCGGUGCUGGACCGUGUGCGCUACUGGUCCGAUGGCGCCAAGGACAAAACAUCCGGCAACGAUAUCCUGCUGCUGGGCGUCCCCUCAAAGAAAUCCGUCGGCAUCAACAAGGAAUGGAACAGUGUCCCGGUGCGCCGGAAUUACUACUCAUCGGGCCAUCAGCACCAUGCGAUUGCAAGUCCCAAUCAGCUUCCGCACACAGUACUGAUGCCGCCACCACUGAACAACUUCCUUGGUGGUACGGAAAGUGUUGGGUUCUGGGGUGGUUCGGCAUCUGCCUCUCAGCAGCGUGUGGACACACCACCGGGAGAUGGUUUCAAGUAUCGUCCUGCAAGCUCCUACCCUGGACAAUUCUCUGGUGGCAAACAUCCGGAUCCGCCAAUCACUCAACCCAUCACGGCACAAUUUCAUCAUCAUCAUCAGCCCCAACUACAGAGUGGCAGUGGAUUUAACCGUCCACAACAACAACCGUACGUCACCACGAUUCGCCUGACGACUCCUGCCGGUGACACCGUGAAGCGACCAUUGCUCAAGACAAUCCUCCAAAAUGAACAUUCCUAUCCGUUCACCAAGACCGCCAUGACCAGCACCGUGACUGAGUACACUUCCGGUGGCUUUUACGAUGCACAGAACAUUAACGCGAUGGCCCAGACGAUCUUCCAUCCGCCGCAAACCACCGAAUACCUUCAACCGCAACCACUGCAGCAACAAUCGACUAAAACGGCUCCAAAGUUAAGCAAAGUUAUCCACCACACCCAGCACUUUACAUCGGCCGGUCCUUUCGUGACGCCGGUCAGCACUCACCUGCCCACAACGACGACGACGACGACCACCCGAAGCCCGAUGACUACCAGCACGAUGAGCCCCAUGAUAACGACCCAGCCAACACCGCCGGCCAUGACGACCGAUUCGAUCUUCUCGCACUACAAGCAACCGGCCACUCCGGAACGUUGGUCCCCGUAUCUCAUCAUCGAGGGUCACUCAAAGGUGAAAACGUACGGGCUUAACACAAACGAUACGCUCAUGCAGCUGCCCCGGAUGGUCCCGGUCACCAGCACGAAAGAUCCGAUCGUACGGCAUGUGGUGAAUCGUGAUCCGAACACCGGCGCCGAGCUAAGUGUAACGCACAUCGCCACCAAACGUCCGCCAGUGUACGAGGUUCACACGCAAGCCGCUCCUCGGCCUGCCAAAACACAAGGCGAGUCCUCAAAUCAACAGCGCCAGCCAGAUGAUUCGGCCGUCAACACGCUGCUCACGCUACUCGACGAAGCUUCCUUCGAUGGAAUGCUACAGGAGGCAGGACCAGUUGAUGAGAACGCCCUCGACGGAUCGGCGACCACUUCCACCAGCAAGGACAGUAAAACGCGUCGGAAUGUGCGCGUCACUAGACAGAUUUACCGGCUCAACCAACCGUGAUGUGGCGUUCGGUGUUCUGCGGAAGGUUAGCUAAACUACUGACGGCCAUACUACAUUGCCUGGACCAGGCAUCUCCCACGAAUUCCACAACAAACCAUAGCACAGAGAAGCCGGCACCAUGGACACCUACUAUCCUCGAGGAAUUAUCAGCGUCGUUUCGUCAUUUCGUCUCAGUAUUUUUCUCUCUCGAACAGCAGUUACGAGUUUUAUCCUGCACAUACAUAAGAGCACACCUGUAAAUAGUAUCGCGUAGCUGUAAGCUAGUUGUAAGGAAGAGUAGAUAAGUCGAUUUGUGAAUAAUUUACGUAUUAAAAUGACAUGAUAGAAUUGAAGUUAAAAA